AGAACACAAGCAGACACCAACGGACCCUGAAAGGACAAAUUUACUUGAAUGCAAGUUGUUGUUGCUUUUUCAGUCUGACCUGGAGUUAGCCAGAAAUUAUCUCUGAAGGUGUGGCUGAAGAAAAUCUGGGGGCUGACGCAAGCAGUGGACCGUCACAUUGUUACUAAAAGCAGCUGCCACGGCCAAGACACACACUUCCUAAAAUGUCUCCGUUCAAGUGGGUUGUUCUGGGCCUGCUCCCGCUCAUCAAUGGAUUUGCUCUGCUCAAAGACCACCUACAGUCAUUUGAGAUGACAAGAACAGCCAUGGAUUCUGAAAACCUCCACAAUGAACUGCCACACAGCACCCUGCACCUGGAAGAGGCCGAAGCAGCACUUGAAAAGUCAAUGGAGUUGAAUCCAGAUCUAAGGAUGGAAAAACUGAAUCCUGCUAACUACAGAGCAACACGGGCUGCACAGGUGGCUGUACACUAUUUGAACUAUAAGCAAGGCAGCUUAUUCUGCCAUUUUAGUCGCAGAAAAAUUGAAAACGCCACCUUAGAGGAAAUACCUGGAGUUGGAAACAAGUACUUUUUAACAUUUAUAGAAGAUGAGACACCAAGUAAACAUGCCACAGGAGUAUACACUGCUGAAAUACUCUUUAGACACACUAUAACAAAAAUGGCACCAGAAGUGAACAGUACAUAUUAUGGCUGUGUUAAAAACAUUUCGGAAGAUGAAAACACUUUUUAUGUACGUAUGAGGAAGCAGCACCAACUUGUGGCUGGGAAAUAUAUUCCAGAUGGUCAUGGAAACAUCCCUACUGAAAUGGAACCAUUCUGGCACCUUGGAUACACUGCAUCAAGCUAUAUUAUGUGGAAGGAAUCCAAUGAAUCAACUCUUUUUAAUAUGGAAACUGUUCUUUCCUUUCAACAACUGGAAACAGAAAAUGAUAGCCUUGCCUUUGAUUAUGUUGUCCUACUGCAUGAGAUGGUGUCUCAGGAGGUAACUCAAUGGACAAUGCAAGUGUGCUGGAGCCCUUUCCAAGGAGUAAAAGUGCUGCAUUAUUCUCAAAGCUCAGAAAAUAUUCAGUUUCCUGGAGAUGCAAAGGCCAUAAUGAGUCCAACAAGCCUUGACAAAUGAAUGUUAAUGUCUUCACCAAUGUUAACACUAUCUAAAAUUUACCCAUAUUAAUUCUCAAAACAAAUCAAAAUAAAAAAAUAAAUUUUAUAUGUAUAAAAAAUGUAA